CUCAUCUAUCCCAUCUCUUCCACAAAACAAUCAAGCCAAAAUGUUCAUCAAGUCUCUCCUCGCGCUCGCCAUGGCCUCAACCGCCAUCGCCGGCGAGAACAAUAUCAAGUUCCUGUACACAACCUCCAACUUCAACGGAAUCCAAGACUCGGGCAGCGGCUCCAUUCACGGCUUCACCCUCUUCGACAAUGACAACAACAUCCUCUUUAACAGCGCUGACCCCAUCGGCUACGCCCCCUGCAUGCGUGACACCAACCACCUCCAGGUCACCUCCGACUGCUGGGAGGGAACCUACGACUUCAGCUGCGGGUCGUCCUUCAGCGGCAUGCCCGGGGCCUGCAGUGCCUACGCUCCUGAUGGGUCCGAGACGAAGGGCGAGGCGGGCAGUGACCUGACCUUCAUUGGCAUUGCUUCUGGUCAGGAUGGCACCUGCACUGGUACGAUUAAGACGACAAGUGAGGGCGAAUGCACCAAGGAUAGUCUUGUGAAGAUUGAGCGACGCUACACCGGAAAGUAUGCUGGUGACAAAUAGGCUCUUUAUGCGCGGGAAACAUGGUGUAUGACUGGGCUAUUUGCUAGA